GCCAAGGGAGACUCCCGACACAUGACCCGGUGCGUAUCCGCUCUACCUGUGGCGGGCUCCAAGUGCAACAGGUGGUUGUGUCGCGCACACUUGCUUUGGAGCCACUUCUGCCACAGGGACGCCAAGCAGGAGUUACAACGGACUGACCACAUGCUGCCAUUGAAGAGGAAAGUGGAAGAGCGUGGCUCCGACGAAUUACUGGCAGUGAACAAUGGCUCCAUUAUGAGCCCACAGAACAAUCACAGCGACAACAACAAUGAUGCCAAAAAGGUGAAACUGGAACCAAGCAAGGCGAGCAAGCCAUCCCGUGUUGUGCACAUUAGGAACCUGCCAAGUGAUGCCACCGAGGCAGACAUAAUACAGUUAGGCAUGCCAUUUGGGAAAGUAACAAACAUCUUGCAGCUCAAGGGAAAGAAUCAGGCAUUUCUGGAAAUGGCUGACGAGACGGCAGCCAUGGGCAUGGUGGAUUAUUUUGGCAAAGCGUCACCUACCGUACGAGGGCGCGUCGUCUACGUUCAGUACUCGAACCAUCGAGAGCUCAAGACCGAGAGCAUGCAUCCCAAUUCUCUGGCGGCCCAGGUGGCGCUCCAGGGAGCGGGCCAGCUGGGGGACUCCGGUGGGCCCAAUACGGUCUUGAGGGUCAUCAUCGAUAACCAGAUCUACCCAGUUUCCCUCGACCUUCUGCACAGUAUCUUCAGCCGAGCGGGGAAAGUGCUCAAGAUAGUGACCUUUACUAAGAAUAACACUUUUCAAGCGUUGAUCCAGUUCUGUGACAUGAUGGGUGCCCAGGCUGCCAAGCUGGCACUGGAUGGGCAGAACAUCUACAAUGCGUGCUGCACAUUGCGCAUUGAGUAUUCAAAACUAAACAACCUCAACGUCAAGUACAACAAUGAUAAGAGCAGGGACUUCACCAACCCAAGCCUUCCUACCGGUGACCCCACGCUCGACAAUCUGGGUCUAGCAGGGAUGCUGGCGUCCCCAUUUGCUGGUACUCCAGGGCUUGGGGCACCCCUGACCGCUGCCUACUCUGCUAGUCCAACAGGAGCACUGCCUCUGGGCGGCUUCGCCUUGUCCCCCACUUCCCUGAGCAUGGCAGGUUUGCGACUGCCCAGUCAAGUGUGCGGACAGAGCUGCGUCCUCCUUGUGUCAAACCUCAAUGAGCAGACGGUCACGCCAGACGCUCUCUUUACCCUUUUUGGUGUCUACGGUGAUGUGAUCAGGGUGAAAAUCCUUUUCAACAAGAAGGACAGCGCUUUGAUUCAGAUGGCGGAACCUCCGCAGGCGCAGCUUGCUAUGACUCACCUGGACAAGAUCAAGGUGUCUGGAAAGCAGAUCCGGGUGACUGGCUCCAAGCACCACAUCGUGCAGCUGCCGAAAGAUGGGCAACCGGAUGCGGGUCUUACCAAAGAUUACAUCAUGUCUCCCCUGCACCGGUUUAAAAAGCCUGGUUCCAAGAACUACCAGAACAUCUACCCACCCUCCGCCACCCUCCACUUGUCAAAUAUUCCGCCAAGCGUCACGGAGGAGGAGAUUCGGGAUGCAUUUGUGCAGACGGGUGCAACGGUGGUGGCAUUCAAGUUCUUUCCGAAAGACAGAAAAAUGGCGCUGAUACAGUUGAGCUCUGUUGAAGAGGCAGUCACUGCUCUCAUAAAGAUGCACAACUACCAGCUGAGCGAAUCGAACCAUCUGAGGGUGUCAUUUUCCAAGUCAACAAUCUGACCGCCCUGGUGCUUCUUGUGGCUAUAUUUUUGUAAAAGUGACUGUAGUGUCAGUCUGCUCGUAACCGUGUUUCGGGAGCCUCUGUUUACACCCCACUCUUUUUUUCUUUCUUUUUUUUUCAUCACAUGGGUACUUCCAUGCCUAGCUCUUUUUCUCUCUCGUUUUUAGUAUGUGUAAUGCCAUGUACAUAAGCGACAAUAUGAGGACCAAACCGUGAGCAUUGGAUAUUGAUUGAUUGAUUGCUGCAUUCCAUGUGGGUUUUUAUUUCUUUCUUUAUUUUUGUGAUGGAAGUUUAAGGCAGCUUUCUUCCUUUUUCUUUUUUCCUCCCCCGAAGACUAAAAACCCGAGUUGCAGGAAUGCUGCCCUCGUAAGUGGGAGAGUACAGUUGUGGAGAACUGUUGUGCGGUUUUUGAGGGAAGUUUUCUGCCAGAGCAUUUUAAUUGGUGGCCCAUUUGUGUGAAUCAUUAGUCUCUGCCGUGCAAGACAGCCGUUCACAAGGUCGCCCGUCCAUUCGCUUGAGUGCAGUUCGUUGUGCAUUUUUUUUUUUUUUCAGCUACAGACUGUUUAUAGAAAAGCCCCACAGGAGCCAUAGAGGGUUUAGCGGGUUCCGUAAUUUGCUACGGAUGGCACCAAGACAUGACUCCUACACAAAAGUAAUGCCAUAAUUCACAUUGAAAGAUCAUUUGGUUUGGUCACUGCAGUGCAUCGUGGACGUCUGCAGGUUUAAUGUUGCAAAACUUGGGAAAAUGGAUCGUGAAGCCCAAUAUCCUACAACAGGCUAAACAUAAAAGUUCUUCCUAUUUGGUACACUGCGGUGCUACAUGGUUUGUUUCAACUGAUCACACAACUCAGUGAGGCCUUGUUGUACUGCUGUGGUUGAAGCUACCCAAACAUUGUAGUCUAUCAGAAUCAUUGAAAAGCUGUUCUCAAUGUCUGAAAUAUUGCAUUGUAUUCCUGUUCUUUCUCUCUCUCUCUCUCUCUUUCUGAGCUUGUAAAGCCAAUAUGACUUUAGCGAGACUGACUUCAUCUGUUCAAAUGGAGCAUUGAAAAUGUCAUAUGUCAUAGGCUGGUUCGGCAUAUAUUGUUGAAGGUUGUUGGAUUAUAUACUGGAACAGUGCAAUGCUGCUGGACAGUGCUUGAAAUGAAGUUUUGGGACGUCGGCAUGGAAUUAAUUGCAGGGGGACACGCAAAAUCUUGCACUCACUUUGCCUCUAAAUGGUCUAUGUGGUACAACAGGUUCCGCGUAUUUUAAUUGUCAGUGUGUAUACAAGAAGCAUUCCAGCUUUUAAUCUCUGAGAGCAAAGGUUUUUUUGAGCCACCACAUAAAAUAAUCAAUCUCCCCUUUUGGAGCAAUGUUAGCAGGAGCUUAAAGAGUGGAUUUACCUCUGCCAAGUGUAUCGGGCAGUACACAAACUGCUGUGGCACACACACUGUGCCAGUGCCUGAAAGGUAACCGACUACAUCUUAAAUGAUGCAAAGGGUACUCGACACGUAUGCAGGACUGAGGCGUGCUUUGUGCAAAUUACGAAUUGUGCCACUCUGGUUUCCUUGGAGCACGAAACUACCAGCUUGAGAAUUUCCUGUUCGAUGUUGAGUGAACUCAGUGGUACAGUGCUAAUGUUUACGGAACACGAGCGUGCUGUUACUCUGUCCCUCGGCAACACCCUCACUCACGGAGGACAAAAGUGGCCCGGAGGUUUCGACGCGGAGCUUAACUGGGUGAGCAUUUUCCAGAGAAAGACAGUCAACACCGCUCCGUGUUCCAUAAAGUUCCUUUCCUUUUUUUUUCUUUUUUUGUCUUUUGGUUCAGCACUGUACAUUGUGUUGGAAAGUUGUUCUGUAACUUUGGUAAGUUCUUGCCAUUGCGCACACUUGAGUACGAAGUGUGCCUUUUGUUUUCUCUUUCGUAUCAAGUGCUGCAAUUACAGUGGCAUCGGGUAUGUAUAAGCUUGUGCCUUGAGUGACGUUGGUGGCCGCCGAACAAACCACCCCUGCUACUGCACCAUUUCUACUUUCUGGAUUCAUAGCAUCUCUAUGUAACCUUCUGUGGCCACUCAAAGUAUGUGUGGACAUUGCUGGCAUAUCACUUUUUUUGUUUCUAUGUACCUCUCUGUUUCUACGGAUUAAAUGUGUCUAUUUCUGGA